AGGCGCUGCUGCGGAAGCAGCCAGCGGCGGAGGUGUUUGCUGCAUCUGAGGCAGGCGGAAGGCCCGGGCCGGGCCUGUGGGGGAGGAGCAGCCGCCCGAGACGAGACCCACCCCCGCCUCCACCCCAGCCCACAUGGAUAGCCCGAGAGGCCCCAGUUGAUGCAUUGUAGCCGGACGGGGGGAGCCUGUAGCCUGCGGGCAACGGCGUAGAGGCCCGAGCAAGGGGCCGGGGGCGGCCGAGGGUAGCGCGUAUCUUUCGCCACCUCAGCGCAGCUGCUGCUCCUGCCACCUCUGUGGCCAUUUUACGGGCCCGCUUGAGUGCACAAGCGGAUCGCCCGGCCCAAGCGCGCGCGGCUCUCGCGGUCUCCGCCUCCCCGGGGCAUUCGUCUGGGGCCGAGAAGGAGCUUCUCCCGCGGGGUCGGGGGCGGUGGAAGGGAGAGAACCAGAGCCAAGCCAGGCCCGGCCCUCAGCACCGCCCGCUGCUGGGACUGGGGCCCAGGCCGCAGCAUCGGGCUCCGGAGGUCGGCGUCUCGGUCACUUCGGCUUAGGCGGGCUGUGGAGGCGUCGGAACCGGCGGCGGGGCUGAGGGUCCCGGUCGGGGCCCGCGACGUGGCUGCUGCACUGCCUAGCAGCGCGGCCCCUUCCCCCCUUCGGUUCGGCACGGCGAUGGAGUGAGGAGGAGGAGGAAGAGGAGGCGGCGGCCGUGGCGGCGGCGGCGGCGGCAGUGGUGGAGGGAGGAGGAGGAGGAACAUGGCGGCCGGCGGCGGCGGCCCCGGCAGCGCUGCUCGGGAUGGCCGCUUUCUGGAAGCUUUGACUAGAUCACAGUUCAAGAAAGAUGGAGGAUUUAAAAAUAAUUGGAGCUUCGAUGAUACAGAAGAAAGUGAAGGAGAUGCAGAAAAAGAUGAUGCAAAUCUCCUUAGUAUAGAAGAGGAUAAUGAGUCUGACACUUCAGAAGGAAAGAAGUCACAACAUUGUCGAUCUGAAGCUGUUGGUACUAGUUCUGGUGACUUCUUAAAGACAUAUGUAAGACGAAACAAGAUUGGAAGCUUCAGAACUUUGAAAGGGAACUCAAUGGGCCUUAAUAUGUUGAGCAACAACAAGAAACUGAGUGAAAAUGCAAAAAAUAUUUCACUAUGUUCUGGAACCAUAGUGCAUGGUAGACGUUUUCAGCAUGCUAAUGCGCAGAUACCAGUAGUAAAAACUGCAGCACAAAGGAAAGAAUACCCCCCUCAUGUUCAGAAAAUAGAAAUUGACACUAUUAGAUUGCCACGGCCCCAAAGUAUAGAAAGCAUAAUAGAGAAAACAGAAGAGUCUGAAUCAGAAUCAGAGUGUGAAAUCAAGAGGAAGGUACAACCAAAACGUCACUGCAAUUCAUACCAGUCUGAUUUCCAGCUGUCUCCUGCUUCAAAAAAAAAUUUAACCCACUUAGAGGUUUCUGCACAAACUGAAUAUUGUCCACAGUGCGGGAAAGAAAGAAAAAAUCAGACCAAAUGCCAAAACUGCGGGGUUACUUUUUCUAAGGAUUUACAAAGAAAUUGUAGGCAAGCAUUAAAUGAAGCAGCAAUACCUUUAUCACGAACAUCCAUUCAUCAUAAUUCAGGAGGACAAAAGUCUCAAAACACUGGACUAAAUGCCAAAAAAUUUUAUGGCAAUACUUUGGGAAAGGUUCCAGUUGAUAUUAUUGUGAGUCAUGAUUAUGUUGGACAGAAUUUUCUACAGUCAAAUGGAAAAAUCCUUUUACCUGGUGCAAAAAUACCCCAAAUUACAAACUUAAGAAAACGGAAUACAAAACCAUCUGAUCUAAACGAUCCAAUAAUUUUGUCCAGUGAUGACGAGGAUGACACUGACAGUGGGAAUACUAAUAGAAGGGAAAGUAUAUCGCCGCGACCUGCAGAUUCAGCACGUUCUUCCCCAGCACCUUCUACAGGAAAAGUAGAAGCUGCACUAAAAGAAAACAGCUGUGGAUUAGAACAUAGAGGGAGAAGUACUGCAACAGAAUCAGAACUGGUGGUCACAAUACCAAGAAAAGCAAGAAUGAAAGAUCAGUUUGGCAAUUCUGUACCGAAUACACCCCUAAAACGUCGUAAAGUUACUUCUCCAGAAACUUUAGUUGAUACUACGCCUUUAAAUUUCCCAAGUCACUUUGAAAGUGUCAUUCUGAAUUGUCGAAGUAUACGAAUAGGAACUCUGCGGCGUAUGGUAGCAGAGCCUGUAAUUUUUUGUUUAGAUUUUAUCAAGAUUCAUCUAGAGGAGUUCGAAAGUGGUGAUAUACAAGAGAUUGAUUUAAAAACCUCUGAACUUACUAAAUGUGAAUGGUGUAGUGUCAGAAAGUUACCUGUAGUAUUUCUACAGACAAUACCAGCUGCUUGUCAUAGCCUGAGAAUGCAACUGAAGAUGAAUCGAGAGAGAGAUAACUCUUGGUAUGAUUGUGAAGGAGAAAGUCCUGAAGAACAAUAUAUUAUUUUAAUUUUUGAAACUGGCCUUGAUACACAGGCAAAUAUAGUAUUUGAAAAUAUCAUUACUGAAAUUGGUAUCAGAAAUAAUAUUCCUGAUUUUUUUGUGAAAAUCUCCUUUGAAGAGGCCAAUGGAAGACUUGUUGCUUUUACAAAAACCUAUGAAGAAGUUUCCAAAGCAAGUUCUCUGCAAAAAGAAAGCAAAAUUAAAAAUGUUUCAUUUGAACCCAAAAUACAAUUAAGAAACAUACCACCACAAUUCCAGUUUUUUGAUGAGGACGAGGAAAUUGGAGAACCACAUACUGUCUUUAUUGGUCCCAUAGAAAAAUUGAUAGUAUAUCCACCACCUCCAGCUAAGGGAGGCAUCUGUGUUACUAAUGAGGAUCUACACUGUCUAAAUGAAGGAGAAUUUUUAAAUGAUGUUAUUAUAGAUUUUUAUUUAAAGUAUUUGGUACUUGAAAAACUGAAUAAAGAAGAUGCUGACCGAAUUCAUAUCUUUAGCUCUUUUUUCUAUAAACGCCUUAAUCAAAGAGAGAGAAGAAAUCUUCAUGAAACAACAAAUCUCUCGAUACAACAGAAGCGACAUGGGCGUGUUAAAACAUGGACUCGGCAUGUAGAUAUUUUUGAAAAGGAUUUUAUUUUUGUUCCCCUUAAUGAAGCUGCGCAUUGGUUUUUAGCUGUCGUUUGUUUUCCUGGCUUGGAGAAGCCCAAGUAUGAACCAAAUCCUCAGUACCAUGAAAAUAUUGCCAACCAAAAAGGUUCAGCUGCAGAGGAUAGCUGUACUUCUUCCUCUUCCUCAAAUGAAAUGGAUAGCUUACAAAACUCUCCUGCCAAGCCUGUAAUAAAGAAAAUACCAAACAGAAAGCAUAGCAUGGCUUUAAUUGACUCAAGCAUUGUAAGUGAAGAAAGUGACUUAUACUGUCAGAGAAGCCCUUGUAGUGGGAAGAGUGUUCUGAAAAAAAUAAAUCAUAUUGAAUGUGAAACUAAAGUAGAAUCUGCUUGUCAGAAACUUGAUAAUAGGACUAAAGAUGAGAAUGGCAUGCAGAAUGAAUUUCUACCUUCUUCACAUCAUACAGAUGGUUUGAACAGAAUCAGAUUAAAUUAUAGUGAGGAGCCAGCUGAUAUUGGUAAUAAAUUGCUUGAAGAUGAACUUAUUGACUUCUCAGAAGAUCAAGAUAACCAGGAAGAUAGCAGUGAUGAUGGGGGUCUUGAUGAUACCUGCAGUUCUGAAUUAGGACAAUGGCAUCUGAAACCUACGAUCUGUAAACAACCCUGUAUCCUGCUUAUGGAUUCACUCAGAGGUCCUUCUCGCUCAAAUGUUGUAAAAACACUGAGAGAGUAUCUGGAAGUGGAAUGGGAAGUAAGAAAAGGAAGUAAAAGAAGUUUUUCCAAAGAUCUCAUGAAAGGCUCCAAUCCAAAAGUACCACAGCAAAACAACUUCAGUGAUUGUGGAGUAUAUGUAUUGCAAUAUGUGGAAAGCUUUUUUGAGAAUCCAAUUUUGAAUUUUGAACUUCCAAUGAAUUUGACAGACUGGUUCCCUCGCCCAAGAAUGAAAACUAAACGAGAAGAAAUCCGGAACAUAAUCCUAAAACUACAGGAAGAGCAGAGCAAAGAAAAGAAGGGACAUAGAGACAUUAAUUUAUCAGAAGCAUCUUUACAGGAAAAAGCAGAUCAAUAUAUCAACAGCAGCUCAGACUGAACUUUUCUGCAUGUUAGCUCUCCUGUCAGAAACGGAAUGUUUUUACCUUCAGCUAAAUAGACUAAAGAACUGAAGUAUUUCACUACUCAAAAUAGAUUGGGAAUGUUUUUAAAAAAAAAGUUUGUACAAAUGUGUCAUAAUUGAUUCCCAAAGGAGUAUGUAUUAAGUAAAAUUCUGUAAAUAUGUUAAUGAAGCCAAUUUUUCCAGCAUUUGUAAUUAAUUUUUUCACUUGUUAGGAAGCUUUUGUUAUGUAUUUUCUGUUAAUAGUACUUAAUAGCAACUUCUAAACAUAAGACAAAUAAAAAGAAAAUACUUAUAGGAUAAAGUGUUAACUUGCUAUUCUUUAGUAAAUUGAUAUUAAGUUCCCCAUUGAGUGUAAUGUACAUAAUUCAAGGGACUAUUCAGGUAUUUUGUGAUCCUAUUUUCACCUUUUACAUUUAGUUUUAAAACACUAUGAGUACAGUUUUGAAAUAGUAUUAGACUAUGUCUAAAUUCAACUUAGGCCCAGUAAAUGAUGAUUAUCCACAAAUACAAGGCACAAAUUCAAGCAAUGUAGCAGUAAAAAUUAAAGGCUUUUAAUCUUUUGGUUUUCAUUUCAUGCAUUGUGAUGUGUAACUGUUCACAAACAACUUUUGAAUCAAAAGCAGCAUUAAGAACAAUUUCAAGGAGUGUCCUGAGUUAUACUGCUUAGUAAUACACCUGUACUAGUUGUAUAAAUGUAUCUUGAAAAGUUUCGAAAGGUUUCAUUAUAGAACUGUUUGGUAAGUAUGGUUAGAAUUGCAAAUUGCCCACAUUACCUUUCUAUAUUAUUGUUCAAAAUGUGCUACAAUCUAUGUGCCAUAGUUAAGUAAUGAACAUUUUAAAAAUCUGUAUAAUCAUACAUAUAUAAAUACAGGAUUACUAUUUUUUGUAAUGUC